AUGAUAUCACAACACUCUCAACAACAACCUUCAAAACGUUCCUCUGGCAAUACAUACUUGAUGAUGACCGAAGAAACACCUUCUACUCUACCUGAAGAUUUACAAGUUAUUGAUCAUGGCAACCUCAGCAAUCGAUUAAAUGCCACUUGUCAAAACGAUACCUCUCCGAGCAAUGAUGUUGCCAGCGAUGAAAAGUCUUCAAGCACUCGUAAAACCUCCUCCUCUUCAAAAACCAAAAGAUCUUCCUUCGAUCCUUCCAAAUACAUGAUCGUCUAUUCAGAAGCCAUGAAAUGCAAAGACUUUCGAAAAACAUUUUGUGAUUUUCUCAAAAUGUGCCACCACGAAGAAUCGAUUGAAUUUCUCAAUCUUGUCGAACAAUAUCAAACCGACUAUGAAAAGAGUGUCAAGGAAAUGGGAGGAUGGGUGAACAAUGGAAGUUUUUCAUCAAUUAAUGGCAAUGUUUCUUUUUCUUCUUGUUCGGUAGUGAAUGUUAUUGGUCAACAACAAAAUCAACAAAAUAAUUUAUUCUUGACAGGUUGGACAAUGGAAGGAUCUCCAUGGACCAUGCAGAGUCCUAUUCCUCCUCCUCCUCUUUCUGGAAAAUUGCCAUCCAUAAUGUCUGUAUCAACCAGUGUAGAAGGAUCAUCAUCCUCUUCAUCAUUACCAUCAAUGAGUGCGACCACCGUGAGAAAGAUGUCAAAUGCGUCAUACGUGAUGACAGCUAAUUCAUCAUCGUCAGGUGGAUCUUCACCAUCAAGUACAUUCAAUUCAAAUGAGACUAGCAACAGUAAAAGUAAUAAUGGGAACAUUGCCCAUGAAAAGAUUACUUUUGAUCAGUUGUUGUCAGCUCCUUCAAAUGGUUCAUCUUUUCCAAAUAUGGAAAGUACUGAACUUCCACAACCAAGUGCAGUAUCACAACCACAGCAACCAACCACCUCAUCAAUGAGUGGUACUAAUGCAACUACUACUACUACUGGAGGUAGUGGAAAUGCAUUGGGUGCAAUGACUUCUUCAUCUCCCUCUUCUCCAUUUCAAAUCUUUUCUCAAACAUCCUUAAGAAAUGGUUCCAAUGUGAAAUUGGGAAAGAAAAAUGUAAAAUUAUUAUUUGAGAGUGUCAAAUCGAUUAUUGAAAAUUACAUUCAUAUCGGAUGUGAAAAGGAAUUGAAUUUAGGAGCCACUCAAAGAAACAUUCUCAAUUAUUGGAAUGAAGUGUUUGAGAAUGUGGAUCAUUUUCUUAAUUUGGGAGGUUACAGUGAUACAUCUUCUUCGAAUUCAGAAGGUUCCUCCUCUGCAACCACGAAUGGAAAUGGAAUAUCAAGCCCAGUGAGUUCUACUUCUUCGGUCCAUUCUUUUGUCUCUCCUCGAAAAGAAACUUAUUUUCACACCAUGUGUAAUAUAGUGUUCACACAACUCGAUCCAGAAAAACUCUUUGGACAAGCUCUCUUUAACGUGAAUUUAGAUUUAAAGUUGGAUCAAUUUCCACGAUUUGUUAGAAGUGACAUGCUCAUCAAGUUCCUCAAAGAAAAAGGUGAAGUUUAUACUCGUUCGAUUGCAGUGGAUAUUUCAAAAGGAUUUAAAGGAGACAUGAGGUGGAAACCUAAUGAUCUCAAAAAUCGAAUCAUUACCGAUGAUUAUAUCUAUUUUGGUUUCAAUGUGGCCGAUGACACUCCAGAUUGGGAAUUAAUUUACAAUACCACCACGCCAUAUCUAUGUCAGGGAUUUGUUUCAAAAACUCCCUAUGUCUUUGAUUCAGAGAAUAUGAAGGGAAUGAAAUUGGCCAAAAUGGUUCUUCAUAUUCCCUUCUCAUUGGAUAUCGUUUGGAACUGUUAUUGUAACACUGAAUUUGCCAAAAGAUUCGACAAGAUGGCAAAUUCCAAACACAUUCUCUCUCGACACAUUCCUCCUGCCAAGCAACCUCCGUACAGUGUUGAACGUCCACCCUAUGCUCUACAAUUCGCAUCGAAUGCACUCAAUCUCUUUUUCCUUCUCAAGACUCGACAAAUGAGUUAUUCCUCCACAGCCAUCUAUGAUCCCUUCAUUGACAUGUACAUGUUUUUGGCUCAUUCAGCAGAAUUUGAACCCGAAGAUAAUCUUCCCACUGAUAUUGGAGUCAAAGCACAUGGUUUGGUAUAUUACAUGUUUUAUCGAGUGAGUGAAAAACUCACACGUAUUGUUCACAUCAUUUACGGAGAUAUGAAUCUUCCCGUCUAUUCCGAUCAAGUCAUGAAAGUGAUUUGGAAGAAACGAGUGAAGGAACAUCAGAAGGGAUUCGCCAAAAUUCUGAAUGAAAUGACUGAGAAUGGAACCAUUUCAAUGGAACAACUGAGUCGAAUGGAGGAUGGCCACAAUACGAAAUUGUGUGUUUCUGAGAAUCGUGAGGUGUAUGGAAAUCGAUCAUGGUAUAAGGAAUGGUUGAAUUUGAAGAAGGAAAAACCACAACAUUAUUGA